AUGCACAUAUAUAUGCAUAAUUUCACGGCAGUUGGUCAGUCCCGAUUUCGACACACAUCACCAACGCCAAUUAAGGGGUAAAUUCAGUGAUUUCAGAAGUUUGGUGUAACAAAACUUUUUACUUUGUUAUGUGUUUCAAGGUGUAAAUCAGCAGUUAACUUUUUUAAUCACUGAAUAGUUCGCAAUCUUUUCAUGUGAGAUUUUCGUAAACUUAGGCGAUUAAAUGGCAAGACAAGGGAAUAGGAAUUCGUCGUAUUCGGGAAACCUUGCACUUACUGCCAGGGGAUUGGGAUUGGGGUUAAAGCCUGGGAAAAGCCUGCGGCAGAAUUAUCGAUCAAUUGGCCAGAGGGCGAAGUCGAAAACUUACUGCUUUCAAUGACCCUUCAUUUAAACAGCGACCCUGUUUUUUAACUAAAGAUCUAAAACCCGAAUAAUAUCACCCAGAUGACUAAAUGAUUGACCCACUCUAUGACAGGGGACAUGAACUUAAUUUUUCCUGAUAAAUAGAAGGGCAGAUCAGCAUCUCUAGCUUUACACUGAAUUUGCGGGAAAUUUGCUUCCCCAUGCGCAGUAAGUUUAUGCAUUGCGAUUUUUGGGUUAGCGUUAAAAAGAGCCACAAUCCCCAUACCAGUGAGCCUUUUGCAUUCGGCCACGUAUUAACAAAACUGAUAAUGCGUAUCUGUUUUUAGAAUAUGUAACAUGACAUGGAAACUUCCAGUAGUGAUAAUGCAGUUCAUCUUUGAAGGCAACACUUUAGCAUGGAUCAUGCUCAUCGGUUUGGUUGAACAUGGUGAAAUGCUCUAUUCGUCCUUUGUGAGCACGGAACAGAACUCUGAGCCAAAAUCCGUAAGAAACUGAUUAAAUAAAUUUAUAGAAGCGAUUUUAGAUCAGCCAGAACCCCGUAGAUUAUUGGGUUUGGACAAAAUGUUUGAGCCCUAACUAUGCGGACGCUUCCAUAGCAAUACAAGUCUCUGCGGCUUUUCGAUGUCUUUGUCAAGCUAAUUAUCAUAUGCGGGAGUGGAAGCCACGCCUAUGUCUUAUAACUAUUCUGUGGGACUAGACCCUCUUAAAAUAAAAUUUUUAAGGUCUGAGAUAAUUUAUUCCUUAAAGGCGUGGUCGUGAUGUGUGCCUGGAGCUGCACGUGCACUAACGCGCAAAACAUACUACUGACCUCGUAGGUGUGAGUGAGUAUUUUUCGCUGGAGUUCAUGCAUUUCGACUCAGAUUUUCGCCUAGCUUGAGGUUGGAGUCGGGCUUGACAUGUUCGGUUCUCCGACAAUCCGAUUACCAGUUUAUCCAAUACUUUUAGACUAGGAUACAUAGCGUCCGCACUUUAUCUGAUUCCCAUCUCUGCCAAAAUUAUCUGAGAUUUAGUGCGUGACCGAUCUCCUGAAAUGUUAGCCAAAAGUCUGGAAUGCGUUUCCGAUUAGAAAGGAUUACUUAAGUGGGGUUGUUAUACUGAUUUUCAUGCAGCAUAGCCCUAUAAAAAUUCGGACUCGCCAGGAUGUCGACUUUUGAAAGCACUUUUUUCUGAUGUCUUACAGAAACCCCACUUGGUAAAAAAUGACUGCUUAAGUAGCAUUCAUUUUUCCUAUUGAUUUUCGAUGUUCUUAUAAAUUCAAAUAUCUUUUGCAGAAAACUUUCGCAAUAAUAUGCUUUCGUUUGCCCACUUAGAAGGAAAUCACGUUGUCUUCAUAUUUUAUGCUCGAAAAUAGUGUGUAUUUAGGUUUUAAAAAUGUUUCCCGAUUCCCGAAUAAUUUUCAAACUGCUCUGUCAUUUCAUCAGCGUUUAUCAAUCUCAGUCUACAAGUUACAUGCUUUCCGCCUAAGGAAAAUCAUAUAUUCCUCUAUGCCUUUAAGAAGAUACUACAUAGAGUUCAUGAAAUUUCGCAAUGGAUCCGGACCGUGUUGUACAUUUCAUGAAGAGCAUUAGUAAACGGACGUGUGCGGUCUUGCAUGCAUUGACAUCCCACGAUCUUAAAUAUUUCAUAAUAAGACACUUUUCAAAACCAAAAUAUACACUAUUUUCGGGCAUAAACUAUGAAGAGAAUGUCAUUUUCUAGCAAAUGAGCAGAAGAAAGCUUAUUUUUGGAUUUUUUUCUGUAAAUGAUAAUUGAAUUUAUAGGACCAUCGAAAAUCAAUAGGGAAUAUGCAGGCUUCUUAAGUAGUCAUUUUUUACCGAUUGGGGUGUCUGCAUGAGAUCAGAAAAAAAGCAUUCAAAAGCUGACAUCCUGACGAGUCCGAAAUGUUAUAGGGUUAUGCUGCAAGAUAGUCAGUAUGACAGCCCCACUUAAGUAACCCUUUCUCAUCGGAAACGCAUUCCAGGCUUUUGGCUAACAUUUCAGGAGAUCGGCCACGCACUGUACAGUAGAACAAAUCCAAGAGAUUUUCACCCUAACUCACGGAUAGGUGCGUCACAGGAAAUAGGUCAAGAGGCAAAUAAUUGUCGAAAAAAUGGAACAUAAUCGGCACAUACGAUCACAGACGCGCCAUUUUCUGUGUAUCGGAGGAUAUUGGCAGCUUUGCUGUGUAACCGGUAAGCUUUUCACCGUUAUUUUACGACUACGUUGUAUACUUUUUCGGGCUUGGGUAUGGCUAGCUGACGACGGCUAAUAAGCCAGAAAUGGCCAUUCCAGUCUCCCUUGUCUUUGUCGGUAAUAACAUUCUACUUUUUCUUUUGGUUAAACUUCGCUUCACGAUAAUUAACGCAAUGCAGAGUGACAAUACAUGUACUAGAAUACGACAAAAACUGUUGGUUCUGUACCAGUUUUGCUUCAUCCUCACGCCUCAUCCAAGAACUAGACACUACAAGAACUACCUUUCCACGUGCUUAAAAGUCGAAAUCGCCGCUUAGUGAUGGGCCUUUAUCUGUUACGUAUGGUAUAUUUUUAAAUGAUGGGAAAUUAAACGUGCGGUAAAGUAAAAAAAUACCUGCGUGCACUACUAUUGUUUUGGCGCAUGACAUUAGAUAAACUUGCCAAUCAGACUUCUUGAACAAAAACUUGUUUUCCUGAAAGCAACCUGCUUAUUCAUAUUUUUCCGCAUCCAAUUUACGUGAUAAUAAAACUUGGUGCUCAUGGUGGCGACGACUGUUUCGGCAAGUCUUUUUCGUUUAUAUUAAUAUCCUUUUUUCUCCGGCAAAAAGCCGAGUUGCGCAGAUGUAAUCUAGAACAGUUAUUAGCAUGGGAUAUGGCCUUACGUUGAUUUUCGCCAAAUACUAUUGACUGCUUCGUUAAUAAAGUACCUUAUAAAUAUAUUCCGCACACGAAAAGGGCUUUUCUCUGAAUUUUUAAGUUAAUGAGCAAUGCGCACCGUUUAUGAUGCCCCGAACUGGUCAUCUGGAUUUCGGCCAUCAUGUUUCAUGAAUUACGACAUUGACCUCGUGAAAUCGCACGCUUGAAAGUCCUUAUGCCCUAAUGCGUAACGCUGCCAGUCACUUGGCAGUCACUUGCCAGUCACUGCCAGUCACCAGUCACUUAGGGACAAGGUAAAUUUGUAGCUUUUUAAUUUCCUUAGAAAUUAACUGCGAUUUUGGAGUAGAUCAGUAUACUGAAGAUCUAUAGACUCAGACCAAAGUUCUUGUCUAUGAAUAUUUGGGUCGAAGUCCAUUAGCCACAGCGGAUAACCGCGUAAUAUUCAUUAGCUGCUUGACGGCUGCUAGUAGCUACAAUUUAUAGAUUGAAGUAUCUACCUGAAAGCAGACAGGGAAUGCUGGGGGACCCACUGACGAGCCGUACCUCUCGCAACUGUGUCAUGCAGUGGCAGAAUAUCGGCGAAACACGUGUGUAUGGGCUUUUGGCUAGUACCUGUAUGGUAUCACCUUACCCACAAGGUAGAUUUACCUUAUCUUGCAUGUGGGCCAUAUGCGCCGUUUACAUAAGCAACCCCAAUAAUUCUCAAUGAGCAGGCGGCAAUCUACUGUGUGGCUCCGAUACGGCGUCCGGGUUCUUAAUUAUAAGUGCCGCAGCCAUAUCCACAUCCAUUACUGUACUCAAAUGAUGAUACGAGAGUUCACAUAGGUAUGUUAGAACUAAAUUGUAAGACUCGCUGUAGGUGUUUCCCUAAAAGCAUCCAGUUAUUUUUGAAGGGAGUAUGACUGCAACAUACAACUGUGACUGACUCGUAAGGUUUGGAGGCCAAAAUAAAAUACAUUUCGUGUUUUGGAAACUGUGCAUUCUGUAAUUGAACUUCGGCAUUGAACUUCCUGUUUCUCAUACUUAAGCUUUAACAAGACAUCUAAAACGGAAAAUAACGGAUUUUCUAAUGUGGAAUUUUUUCACAGAGAGUUUUCAAACAGUUAUAUAAGUUCUUUGUGGGAACCGCGCCGUCGUUUUGCACUGUUCUGCGCGAGGACAUUUCUGUGCGCAAAAAAUUUGAUUUCACACUUAUUUUAUUUUGGUCCAUUUGGAAGUACUCCUGGGGCGUGAGUAUUUACCCAAAGAGGUGCAUUUCAGUUAGGGAGCUCGAUUUUGGGUGAUGCAAGUGUCCGGCACACGGUUUACAGACUCAGACUAAAGUAUGGUAUAUUGUGACAGUCUGAAAUCGUGACUGACGAUGUCCACCGUGCGGUUCUCAGCAGGAUGAGAGCAGACACAGCAGCUUACGCGUGAUUUUUCUUAUAGUAAUAGUAGACUUGCGCUGCAUUGACCGCACUCUCUCCUCCUCCCCUACUUGGAUCCGGUGUCAAGUCUUGCUCAAGAACACCGGAGGUGGGAAAGGACGCAGUUGAAUGACGCGGUCGGACCCGCUCAAAAACAUAAAGAUAGAUUCAUUUAUGCAAAGAAGAUGAGCGUGCAAUCACUGGGAAAGUAAAUACAUUAGUUAGAGCUUUCAGUCUCGUACAGGAGGUCGUCAUCAGAGACUCUGAGAAUGCACCGUCAAACUAGCAGUUUUAUAGUCAAACAAAGAAGGGGGCUGAUAGGGGUGGAAGGGGGUGGUGUUCGCGAUAAGGUCGAGUUCAGCCGUCUAGCGGCAGCGUAACUGCGCGCGCCCUUAACUGGCCGCGAGAACGGAGCGAGUGAUAGCAGAGAGGCAUAUCAACGCGUCUGUUGAUGACACGCAGGACUCCAGGAGUUCUCGCCCUGUCUUAUUGCUGGCUCGCACCAUUAUCUGCGAGCUCGCGGAACUGAAUUCGUGGCCUUCCUCCGUUGUGUGAGUGGCGACCUGAGACAGUAGGUCGCCUCUCCGGACCGCCCCUUUGUGCCACGUUAUUCACGAGCUAAGUCAUUGUCCCGUCUGUCCUGUAUAAUGGCGAGGGCAGACGCGGAAUCGGAUCAGAUACACGAUACCAGAUUGUUCUCCUGCGUCUAGUCGGUCCUUCAUUUGAAUAAACUUGGUGUGCAUGGUAGCUGUCGCUACGCACACCACGGAGGAAGGCCAGGAAUUCAUUUCAGCGAGCUCGUAGAGAAUGGUGCGAGCCAGCAAUAAGACAGGGUGAGAACUCCGGGAGUCCUGGGUGUCAUCAACACACGCGUUGAUAUUCCUCUCUGCUAUCACUCGCUCCGUUCUCGCGGCCAAGAGACGAGACCCAAUUCCCAGCUAAGGGUCCACGCAGUUACGCUGCCGCGAGACGGCUGAACUCGACCUUAUCGCGAACACCACCCCCUCCACCCCUAUCCGCCACCUUCUUUGUUUGACUAUAAAACUGCUAGUUUGACAGCGCACUCUCACUGGGGGGCCAGUAAACCAUGGCUCAAACAGCUCCCGGCUCACGCGGUUGUCACCUCUUGCGAGAAUUUCGGCCUCGUCAAAUUUGAAUGUGUGGCCGGAACCCGUCGAAUAAGCCGCAACUUGAGAGCUGGAGUCAUUUCUCCGCGCCGCUGCAGCAUGUUCGACCAUUCGCGUUCGGAGCUGUCUUCCGGUUUCUCCGACGUAGUUGCUUUGUCCGCAACUGCACCAGAUCCGAUAAACGACUCCCGACGUUUCUUGCCGUGGUAGCGAGUCUUUUGGUUUCAUUAUCUGACGCCUGAUGGUUGCUUCCGGUCUGCGUGCAACUCCAACCCUAAGUGGUGCGAGAAGGCGGCCGACAGCCUCCGAAACGUUCUUGACAUAUGGAAGCGCUUGCCAAAAUUUGGUGUCCGUGCGGUUAGGCUUUUCGUCCCCUUUGCGUAUGCACCGGUUGACGAAGUUGCACGGGUAGCCAUUGGCUUUGAAGACCCGUCGGAGGUAUUGUAGUUCGGCAAUCUUGUCUUCCGGCUCACUGCAGUGCGUUUCGACACGCCGAUAGGGCGUCCUUACACAACGUAGACGACAGUCUUACAGAAAUUGCAGUUCUGGCUUAAGGCGUGAUGGCAACUUGUCGAUCAUAUCGGAGCCGUCGGUAGUGUAACGUAAUUGGUCGACCCAUCGCAAAGAAAAUGUGACAAACGCAUCGCAAAUUUCGCAUAGCGAGCAUAUCGAUCUAUCGAUAAGCCUGCUGCGUAGAUAGCGCAAGCCUUAGCAUAACUGAAAUCUACGAAGGAAAGUACGUUUGCCGGUAAGGAUUAACGAGCACAGAUUUUAAUAUUUUAAUUUUUACGGAUCUACCAACCUAUUAGUUAAAGUUUUAUUUGUAGCGUACUAAAAAUAGUACCCAGUUUAGUGUGACGACACCGACUCAAAUCGCCAUGGCGUGAUUAUACAAAUGACUUCAUGCGCAUCUUGUGUGCAGUUGGUGACCUAACAAAGGGAUAGAGUGCAAGAUUACGGAAAAUCUCUGGUGAAACGGAAAACAGCUAAAGCAUCCAAUGAAAAAUAAGUUACCGCUAGGUACGUGGAAAAACAUAGGACGCUUCAAAAAAUGCAGCGCUGGUCAGAAACAACUAGUUUCCUUAUAACAACAGAGUCACCAAAAUUGGGAAAUUUCCGUCUUGUGAGUGAACGUUAUUUAUAGAACUGCGUAAGAGACGCUCACACAAGCAGGCUAAAAAACAAUAUGGGCACUGCAACCUCUAAAAACCGUGUUAGAUAUCUCUUGGUUCAAAUGUCCUCUAAAAAUUAAGGCCACAGGCAUUAUGACAAACAGUCAACUGAUUGGUCAGGCGAGGCCUUCCAAAAUGACUUGGAGCAAUUUGGUUCUAGUUUAUCACUUCUACAUUUCUCAAAAUGCAACUGUUCAACUCGAAGAAAAAGUUUACUUGAUUCUCUAGGUGGGAACUUCGCACGUAUAAGCGCUUUCGUAGGGUCACACGCUGAAAGGCCGGCCAACGGCUAACAAAAGACAACAUAUUUAAAAGACGCAAACAGAAGCAUACCAGUUUUUCAGUGAUGAGAGGACUUUUCCUCCGUAAAAUUAGUGUGCACUUUGUGGAGAGAAUUAAGUUCAUUCAAAUUCUAGGCAUUCUGGAAAUGCCAGUAAGUGCGGUUUUAAAUGUCCUCUGUCGAUUGCUUGAAGAGAUGGUUUCUGUAGAUUAUUAUCAUCAACAUAAGACAGGUUUUGGAUGCCUACAACUAGCUGAUGGAUUUUCCGAGGCCCCUUUUCCAGCAGAUAACGACUCGCGUCAUAUUUUUAAGCACAAGUAAGCACUAAGCCCUAUCGUUAAAAAUUAUACCCGUGCUCGUAAGGAUGGUAUACAAUGAAUAUGCGCUCAACCAAACGAAAAUGCCUCUCAAUUGAGUUUGAUCUUUAGAAAGUGCUUUGCUGGAGGAAUUUGAAGAUUGAUGUCUACGUCAUUCACUUUCUCCCAAAGUAAAGUCAGGGAAAAAAGUAAGACAAUUUGUCCGCCUAUGCAUUUCCCUGGCUGAUACUGGUGAUUCUUCUGUCACGAAUUAAAAAUGGCCCUUUUUUUCUUAUUUUGGAACGGCUGUCAUUGUCCUUCUUUAGUUUUAUGUCUACUUCUACGAUUAUAAUGCGCUACAAUGUGACAACAUAAGCGUUCACGUAUUCCUCAAACGAGGAAUGAGGCGCCUGUAGCACUUGUAAAUUGUGUUUUAUUUAGGACAUGUGCAUUUUUCUAUAUACUCCAGAGGUUAACUGGUCAUUUUACGGCGUGUCGCUUCGUAGCUACUUCUGGGAUGCUUGUAUGUGCCUAGUAAUUAGGAGCGUAGCAAGGCAACUCACUGAAUGCAGGUAUUAGUAUUUCUUGUGGGGAUUAACGCUCCACGUAGCAAACAACUGGAACUUUUAAUGAGAAAGCCCACUUUUCUACAAAAACAAGCGCACAUCUGGCUUCAUUUUAUUUACACCGAAUUAAACAUGAAUUCAGAAGUUGCCUAAGACUGUUUUUGAUAAAUUCUCCUCGUUUAGACCGAUUCCAUGAGCUAGAGCAGCACCCGCAAAGAUGCGGACGUGGUCUACGGUAGUUAUCAGUAUUGCACUGCCUGAAUAUGAAGUAGCAUUGAUUUCCACCUCCAAUGUACACUUUUCCGUCAAUUAAACGUCAGAGAAACAUAACAUGCGUAACCAAGGGAUUGUCACGUAACGCGAUAAACUGAUACCUAAAACACACAACGUGCCGGAUACUGCAGACUGGUAAUCUGCGCUGGAGAUGUACCGGAGACAAAGUGAGGACCAGAUGCAGUCACGGCACACGUUAAUCAGGCCACACAGAGUCCGCGCGGGCUGAUAAACUACUACCAAACAUUGGCGGUGUGGUGGCACGCCUGUCACCGCGAGCAAUCCCAGCAGCCAAUGGCUGACAAGCUCGGACAGCCGAUGGUUCACGGGGGUGAGAUCGACUUCGGCAGGUCCAUCUUAACGGCACUUCAGCGCAGCCCUCACUAGAAAAGAUUUGACGCGCCAAAAAGUCGUUGUUUGGAAGACUGCCAGUCAACUGGGUAGCCUGGUGCUCUCAAGACGGUGAGUUAGAUUCCAAUGGCUCACUCUUAAUGUGGUCGUCAAGGCAAUCCCACUCAGAUAGGAUCCGUGUCGGCCCUUGUUUGUGUGAAUAACUGGUACAUGUCUACCUGGCCAGGUCGUAUGUGGCAGGCGAAGAGGGCCGUUUAACUUUGUCGACGACUGCGUCCGAGUCCGCCUCCCAUCGUCCUGACUCUGUCUUGUCACCGAGCCCAGGUGGGAGGUGAGGAGAGAGCGUGGAAGGCGAUGCGCAAGUCUGCCAUCAUCAUGAAUUAAAUCACGUGCAAUUCGUCGUCCUACGUCCCCUCCCCAUGCCGUUGGAGCCCCAACGGACAUCAUCAUUGGCGAUCAGAUGUUUGAGCAAGAGAUGGACGGACUUACGUAUAUGUGGGAGGGACGGGUAAGAGAGACUAGGGUCGCAUUUGCCUUACUCCCUCCCAUAUUCCGCAUACUUCCAUGGCAGAGCACAGCCAAGGAGACUGAAGAUGAUCGAGGGUGCAAUACUUGACUUGGUGAAAUCCCCAUUUACGCAUGUCCAAUGCGUGGCUGUUCCUCAUUUCACACGAACCAGAUACCUAAAACGCACAACGUGCGAGAUACUGCAGACUGAUUAUCUGCGCUGGAGAUGCAUUGAAAACAAAACGAGGACCAGAUGCGGUCAGGGCACGCGCUAAUUGGGCCACAGAGAGUCCGCGCGAGCUGAUAAACUACUACCGCACUUUUACUUUAUAUGACCUAGAAUUAGACGGAAUACCAAAAGGGAACUUAUUAGAAAAAAUAUCUUCUUAUUCAAAAAGCAAAUAGCGAGCAUCUGGCCUUAUUCGAUUUAGACAGUUAAAAAUAGUUACAGGUUAGCUAAGGCUGUUUUUGGUAAACUAUUCUCGUUUAGAGCGAUGCUAUCAGCUGGAACAGCACGCGGAAAUAGGCAGCCGUGGUUUGCAUCGCCCGAGCUCAUAUCGGGUCAUCUUGGAGUUAUCAUUUCAUUGAAACCUGGUGAGUGAAGAAGGAGAGAAUGCGACAGAUGCUGUGCAUAUCUGCCUCACUGUAAAUUAAUUCACUCGAAAGUCACUGGUGUUACACCUUUUCCGUGGGCACACUGUAGACGUCGUCGCUCGGGACAUUCAAACUGGCAUUUACUAGCAUGGGAAAUUGAUUGCAUAUAAACUAGCGUUGAGGUCUCCUCAAAAUUUGCGCUCUCCUUUAAUAAGUUGACUUAAAAAAUACGCCUGAUGUUGUUAGAGAAUCUUCUUACAAGGUGUUGAACUGAAACCUAAAACGCACGACGUCCGAUGUGUCGCGGUCUGAUCAUGUAGAUAUUGGCCUUUGUGCAUCAUCCAUUUCGCCGCCUACUAUUUAUCAAGAUAUUUGUAUUUUGAGAAGUUUUGUCGGCGAUGUUAUGGACGCAGAUAUUAUUAUUUUUGCCAUGCUCCGUCGUUAUAAUAUGAUAUCGCCAAUCAUCGCAUCGUAUUGUCCCUGAAACAUCUAUUUCGGGCUUUUUCGUAUUUAUUAUUGUGUGACGCUCAAACCCCAUUUGUUGAAAUGCUGCAGAUUUUAGCACUGGAGCACUUUGUCUAUUAACAUCUAUAUCUACUGCUUCAUUUACUUGAAAUACCGGGUGAAAUUGAAGCUGAUAUUGAUGUUUUAUCUUCGAGUUUGGGAUGUAUGGCUCGGGAUUGCAGUCGAUGACAGAGUCACUGCCAGUCGAGAACGUAGAUGGGUUCCGCACGAAGUAUUUUUUUCAAAAAGGCUGCUUUUGAUGGACUACGACGUGCUUUUUCUAUCAGAAGAGAACAGGCAGCUUGCCCAAUUAAGGCAUAUUUACGCUCAUUGUGUAGGGAGAAUGAACUAUAGUCUCAAAUGACUUUCUUCGACAAGAAAUUCGGGAUUCCUAUUUUGUAUUCUUUAAUAAUUAUCAUUAUGUCUGUGAAAUUUAGUACUUUACCUCGUUCCUUCCUUCAAAUCCUCAGCCUAGACAGAGAUGGCCGCUCACGCAACCCACUUCUGGGUUGUAUUUGCCCUUUCCCAGGUACGUUUGACGUUUCGUAAUCGCUUAUUCUGCAGGCUCUAGCUAUUACUAUUUUCGUUCUCACCAUCUACUGGAGAGGCACAUUCUUCAGCGGGUUUGA